AUGUCAGACGCUGACACCCUUCAGAAUGCCGCUUCCGCCGCAGCACCAGCAGAGCAGCAGAACGACUCCGCAGACCUGUUUGGCGGCAUGAAGAAGAAGAAAAAGGACAAGAAGAAGCUUGAUCUUGACCUCGAACUCGACCAGGACGCUGCCGAUGCAGAUGCUGACGCUGAUGCAGCCGCCGAGCAGUCCAAUCAGGCCGCUGCGGAGGAUGACGAACUCAACUUCGGCGAAUUGAAAAAGAAGAAGAAGUCCAAAAAGAAGGUUGCCCUCGACCUCGAUGCAUUCGAAAAGGAGAUUGGAGAGGCCGACGACAACCAGGAUGACGACGCAGAGCCAGCCACCAACAAUGCAUACGCUGAUGCUGACGAUGAAGAGCUCGGAGACAACCCAUUCGCCCAGGACGCAGCAGAUGACGCCGACGCCGACGCCGCCCCCAAGGACGACUCCAUCGAGGCAUGGCAGGGCACAGACCGCGACUACACAUAUCAGGAGCUUCUCGGUCGUGUAUUCAAGACGCUCCGCUCUCAGAACCCGGCCCUCUCCGGCGAUAAGAAGAAGUUCACGAUGGUCCCUCCUCAGGUCGCCCGUGACGGCUCCAAAAAAACCGUAUUCGCCAACGUCGUCGACAUUUGCAAGCGUAUGCACCGUCAACCCGAGCACGUCAUUCAGUUCCUCUUCGCCGAGUUGGGCACCAUCGGUUCCGUCGACGGCUCCCAGCGUCUCGUCAUCCGUGGUCGUUUCCAGCCCAAGCAGAUCGAAAACGUCCUCCGAAGAUACAUCACCGAAUACGUCAUUUGCAAGACCUGCAAGCGUCCGGAGACCAAACUCUCCAAGGAAAACCGUAUCUUCUUCGUCACCUGCGAAAAGUGUGGCUCACAGCGUUCCGUCAGUGCCAUCAAGAGCGGUUUCCAGGCACAGACCGGCAAGCGUUCAAAGACCAGGGCCGCUGCAGGUGCUUGA